AUGGCCUCACACCUUCUUGCCAAGCGGAAACCUUUCGCUCCUCCAGGUCCGCAUGGCCCAGCCGGGGCAUCUCGCAAACGCGCCAAAACCUUUGAUGCGCGAACCUUGGCUGUGCAGUCGGCCGACGCCGCCCUCUCCGCAACAGGCGAGCUCGAUGUCGCCGCCUACACUGCAGCUCGGGCAUUUGAGAUCCAGGCUUUGGAGGAGGGGAUGCAGCGAUCAAAAAAUGCGCUCACGACGCGAGCCUUCCAGAAAGUUCCUCGCUCCCUGCGGCGGCGGACGGCGAGUCAUAAUGUGAAACGAGUUCCGCGGAGGUUGAGAGCCCGAGCGAAGCGAGAGAUGGCCGAGGAUAACACACCUACUGUUACGGCGCGCAGACGCAAGCCAUCCCAGAUAAUGCGCAUUCGCCUCGAUACCGCUCGACGGCUACAGGCUAUCAAUUCGAAAACAAAGGCCCGACGGGCGGCUGUAAAACUAAAGCGCGAUCAAGAGAACAAAUCUUCAUUGGAAAAGGAGGGAAGUCAUGCCUUCGAUAUUGCCCCACGAGUUCCCAAGAUCAAGAAAAACAAGCUGUCGAGGUCUAUUCCGGCAGAGCCUAAGUACCGCAAGCGCCAGAAAUGCAAGACAUGGCUACCUACCCACUUGUAUCAUGCAAAGCGAGCUCACAUGGCCACGACCAAAGACCCGAUUUGGCGCUUUGCUGUUCCUUUGUCCCCCACCGAGAAAAGUUAUCGGCCUACGCACCGGGCUCGAGGCGCCCGGGGUGCUGUGGCGUGGGAUAUGAGCUACAUGUCUACUAUUCAGUUGGAAGGAACUGAACCAGCUAUUCAGGCUGUCCUAGCGGCCAUGGGUGUCAACGGUGAAAAUUCAUGGGGCACCAAGGGGAAGAAAUGGAGAGCCGGGACUCGGUCUCUGCAGGCCUGGACCUUUGAAAAGGAUCAUCCGAAACGUCCAACUGCACCGGUGACGUUAAUAUGGUGUGCCAAGCAAGAAGAUGUUGAGAUGGUUGAUGCCGACGAACCUCAGCCCAAGUCAUCUAAGAAACAUCAUCGAAAACUCUGGAUUAGAGUCCAUCCUUCGGCGUUCCUCCAGCUAUGGACGGAUGUCCUUGGGGUAUCCAAAUCGCAAAACCCCCCUGUUAUGGUCGAGGACCUGCGAUUCGAGAUUGGCAGUAUUGAAAUCACAGGGCCGGGGUCUACCGAGGCCUUGUUGGCGGUAUUGAAACCGAGUCUUGGGCCAGACGGUAGUGCUCCAUCAGCACAAAGCCCGGAAGCCGUCUGGCCAUCUCUUCUAGGGGUAUCAAAUCCGUCGUCACUGCCGCAAAAUGCCCUACUCUCAUUUGCCAUUUCCGAUCCUCGCCUGCACUUCCCACCACGUACACUUCACGUCCCCGACAAUGAAUCUCAUCUGAGUGACCUUGCUAUCUUACUUUCUACAUGGCAUCCGGACAAAACGCAAGGUCCCUCCAAGCUGUUCGAUCGAUCGACUCGGUUAACAGCGGCUCGUCAGCUUCCGAGCCAGAAAUCUAUCAAUAGGCGCCGCACUCUUGCCGGCCCUGGUAAAUCUCCGCUAUCCCACUCAUCAGAUCCUGAAAUUCCGAUCAUGGUACUGGCAAACAAGCCGCAAUCCCGGGCCAAAGGCAGCAAUGCCCCGGGGUCCUGGACUGUAUUAUUACCAUGGAAAUGUGUUGUCCCGGUCUGGUAUUCAAUCAUGUUCUACCCACUAUCUAGCGGAGGGAACCCAUUGCUUGGCGGGUUAAAACAGCAGCAACAGCUCGCUUUCGAAGCAGGCGAGGCCUGGUUCCCUGGAGAUUUCCCGGGAACACGAGCUGGCUGGGAAUGGGGCCAACGUGAGGCCGAGAAAUCUCGACGUGAUUGGGAGCGACGUCCUAAGGGCAGGCGUCCCGAAUUUGAUAACAUUUCGUUAGGAGAUGGUCGUCCAAAGGGCGAGAUAGGCCAUGGGUGGGCCUGUGACUGGGAAAGGCUUAUCAAAGGGCCGAAACACGACGAUGCUACAACCACAGCAACCGAUGGCAACUCGGGCAAAUUGCCAACCGAGUCCAAGGAGGCCGAGAAAAACGAAUUCUCUACACCCAUCAUCCCGCCCUUCAAUCUUCACAAUGCUCGUCUUCCUCCGGCCGAUACCUACCAAAACCUGAGUAAACUUGACAAAACCUCCGUCGAUGUUUCCACCCUUGCCACAGUCUAUAUUUCUCUCGCCACGCGAGGCACACCCACACCCCGCGCACGAAUCUACCGGCUCCCUACGGACCCAGCUCUACGCCAGAAAUGGCUCGAUCUUGGCUCGGCAAGGAUCGACAAGUCUGGCCAACCGAAGCUCCCCAAGGAUGGAAACGUUACGACUAAAUCCGAAGAAGCUAGGCGUCUUCUUGCCCGGGCUCUGAUCUCGUCCGGCGAUGGAGAACCUGACUCUGAGCCAUUGGAUGUGCCCACCGAAGAUGACCUGAUUGGGUUUGUCACUACGGGAAACUAUAACCUUUCAGAAGGCAAAGGGACGGGCAUUGGGUCUAUCCAGCUUUCCAAGGUAUUGGCUCCCAAUGUCAAACUCUCUGAAAGAAGAAUGUGUAUCAUUCGGGCCUCGGGGGAGAAGAGUGGGCGUUUGGGAUUGUGGCAGUUUGUAUGA